AUGUCUGGAUUGUAUCGGAUCGAAAACGUCGUCCAUGACUUCACAUCUGGAGGUAGUAUGGAUAUCUGUGGUUCAGUCAGCACAACACUGUCAGUAAACGGGUCGGUGUACCUCCAUUCCCCUGGCUUCCCUAGCAGUGUCGGUGUGAACGGCAGCUGUGUUGUUAGGAUCACAGGGCAGAAUUUACGAGUAACAUUGGUAGACGAGCGGAUGAAGGCAGGGUUGCUUAUUAUCUCAGGUGACGGGAAACAACUCUGGAUAAGCUUCAACUUGGACCAAUACAACAGGGUGUUGCCGGGAACAGCUGCCGAAAUAGUAAUAGUCUACGACAACCAUGAUCAGAAUGGGUCAUAUGUAUGGAUACGUGUUGAUGCUUCAGGCCAAAUGAACAUAACUUCCAGGCGACAACCAUUGGAUGCAUCAACCACCCCAGUACCCACGCCACAGGCGCCAUCACGUUCACAAGGUACAACAAGUCCAAGUACUUUGGACACACUGACCACUGCAGCCACAACAACAAGUACACCUUUGACAUCUAUGGGUGAGUGUCACCUGAUGACGAUGUUUCAUGACCCUGCUCAACGGUGA